AUGAACAGCUCGCUGACGUCCCUCUAUCAGAGAGCAGUGACCCCUCAGAAGAGGACUGGAAACAGAGAGCAGGAGAACAUCUUCAUCGAUCUGUGUGAGGAAGAGUCCUCCAGCCAGCAGUCUGUGUUUGUCAUGAGAUGUAAGAGCCAGAGCCAUGAGCUGCAGUUCUCGUCUGUGAAGUUUGAGGAUUUCGGCGGCAGCGAGGAGACUCUAGAGGAGGUCUGUAAGCUGCUGAUCCACACGAGGCAUCCGGAGGUGUACCAGCGGCUGGGAGUGGUUCCUCCGCGGGGGUUCCUGCUGCACGGCCCGCCCGGGUGUGGGAAGACACUGCUGGCUCAGGCUGUGGCUGGAGAGGUGGGUCUGCCCAUGCUGAAGGUCUCGGCUCUGGAGCUGGUGUCAGGAGUCUCUGGGAAAUCAGAGCAGAAGCUGCAGGAACUGUUUGAGCAAGCCAUAGUAAGAGUCACACCCUGAACACUUCUUAGGGUUAAACAGUCG